AUGAGACCAAUCCAGACAAAUAACCGUGAAAGUAACGCCAGUGAUGAUGACGCCGAUGCUGUUUUAAUCGGCCGCGACGACAUCAGCGACUACAACCCAGAACAAAUACUACCGGAACUUCCCGAUGUCAUCGAGAAAAUCCGAGAUUGGCUGCAGCCAACUGCAUAUGAUAUCGCUGGAGGAGAAUACCGCAAGCAUAUAUCCUCCCAUGUUGCUGGUACAGGGGCCUGGCUCACCUCGAGUGAUGCGUAUCAAAAAUGGCUGCACAGCGAUGACCAUGGACUGCUCUGGAUCAAAGGGAUACCAGGAUCAGGCAAAUCAGUCAUGGCGGCAAAAUUGAUCCAUGAACUUACCCAGUCAAACCCAACGUGUCCUGUGCUAUUCUUCUUCUUCCGCCAAAUCAUUGAUGCAAAUCACGAGCCUCGAGCUCUCUUGCGAGAUUGGUUUGACCAAAUGUUGAGUUACAGUCCGCCUCUGCAGAAACAGCUUAAAGCUUAUGUAGAAGCGGGUCGGUCUCUUGAUAGUAUUUCGAUGGAGGAUUUGUGGAAGCACUUGCGUCUAGCCUUUGCUAGCUUGCCUGAUAAGGUCUUCUGUGUCGCUGAUGCACUCGAUGAAAUAGAUCGAGGUCAUGAAGAGUUCAUACAGAUACUUGGAAAGCUGGGACACUGGCGGCCAAAGACAGUCAAAGUUUUGAUCACCAGUCGCCCAGUUCCUAGUGUCGAAGUGCCUCUGAGACUGAUCCAUGGCCUACAAGUUCGGUUACAGGAAACCUUGGUUGAUAUGGAUAUCUCAACAUAUGUUCAUUUCGUCUUAGCAAAGUCUGAUAUCCCAAAAGCUGACUGGGAUACUAUUGCGAAAGCCGUGCCAGGCCGGGCAAAUGGCCUCUUUCUCUACGCCAAGCUGGCCAUGGAUGCUUUUAUCGAGCCAGGAGCAAAUAUCGCUACAGUGCUUUCGAAGCUUCCUUCAGACUUGAACAGCUUGUAUACCGAUUUACUCAAUGAACAUGCCACAAGGUCCGGGGUGCCAGAGGUUAUUCAGCGUCUCAUCUUACAGGCCGUCACCCACGCUACUCGUCCACUGAGGCUGCUUGAACUUGCUGAAAUGAUUAGGGUCAGCCGUCCUGACGGUGCCGUGCGAGACAUAAAAGCCACCAAAGAACUUAUUAGGGCUGCCUGUGGGCCACUCUUGGAAAUCUUGCCUGAUGAGACAAUCUCAGUGAUUCACCAUUCUUUCACUGAGUAUCUCAAAGGAACCACCCGAUCAGAUGAGAGUCAUCCUACAGGAUAUCCUGUGCUAGAACUGGGGUCGACACAUGCUCAGCUUGCGCUUCAAUGUCUCCUCUAUCUACAAUCUGGGUGCCUAGAUACAAUACUAAUCGAUACCCGUGACGAUGUUGGGCGUAGGUACUGGAGAGACUGGGGCCUUGUCAGUAACUAUGGACCAGGAACGGGUACAAGCAAAGUAUCCGACGAAGAAGUCCAGUUGAGGCUUAAACAUCCGCUGUUUGAGUAUGCAGUCAACAAUUGGCACCUGCAUAUCGUGAAGUCGGAGGCUGCUGGCCAAGACCAGACCGAAAUCAACGCCAGGCUUCAUCAGCUGUUCGAGCAGGGAAAUAACUUGGCGGGAUGGCUCCAGAUGAGGUGGCCUGGCAGAGGCCUAGGAGCCAAAAGAGUUACGCAGCUCCACGUUGCUGCUAAAACCGGGCUGAUAUCAUAUACCAAAGAGCUAUUAGCGGAUUUUGAUGUAAAUGGGCGCGACUUUUACGAUAGAACACCAGUCUGGUGGGCUGCUGUGGAAGGACACGCAAAAGUCAUCUCCGUCUUGGUGGACGCCGGCGCGGAUCCAGAUGUGCCAGAUAAUGUCACCGGAAUCAAACCUCUGCAUAGGGCAGCUUACAGCAACCACUCAGCGGCUGUAACGGCAUUAUUAAAGGCCGGCGUCGACCCUCUGACACAGAAAACUAUGGAUGGCAAAUGGCUUGCUUCCUUUUACUAUUCAGUAUUUGGGGAGACGCCGCUAAUGUUUGCCUGCAAUGGUCAUUUGGAGGCAGUGGAAGCGUUUCUGCCAUUUAUUGGAGAUAAUCUUGAUCUUGUGCAUCGAGCAUUGGUGUGGGCAGCGGAAUCAAGAUCACCAGCAGUCGUUUCGAGGCUUCUCCAGCAUCCGGGAGUAGAUGUCAAUGCAAUUGUCGAAGGCAAAACGUUGUUAUACACAGCUUGUAGGGAACUACAGACCAAGCUGGUGGCAAUUCUUCUGCAAGCCGGCGCACUCCCUACCGUCCGCUACACUACUGGAAGUGACGGGGCUAUUCAUCGGACAGACGAAGAGGAUAAUUCCACGGAAUUGAAUUGCUUCCGUGCGCUCUUCGCUCAUACGGACGUUCUUUAUCUCGUGAAAGAUUAUAGAGAAGAGGAACGAGCAAUAUUUGCGCUAUUGAGAGAGGCUGGAGCUGAUAUCAACUUCCGAACUAGAUCAGAUGGAACAUGUUUGCAUGUCGCGGCUGGGUCUCCUGUUUUCGUGCGGUUACUAAUUGAGGCUGGAGCCGAUGCAAAUGCUGUCAAUCAAUACGGCCAAACGCCCCUUCACAUUAUGUCUAACGACAGAUGGUCGUCAAUCGAUUCGAUGGUGCUGCUAAUUGAGGAAGGGCAUGCAAAUAUCAAUGCGGUGACACCACAUGGAGAGACACCUCUUCACUCUCUGCUGAGGAUAUAUACAAAGGACAUUGUGAAGAAAUUCCUAGAAUAUGGACCAGACUGCAACAUUGUGGACAAACAAGGCAACAACCCGCUACAUAUUUUCAUGCAACAGUACAUGACAGACACGGAUGUUCUCAGAAUAUUGCUUGAAAGAGGCGUAAAUCCAAAUGCAAAGAACCACGAAGGGCUUACCCCGCUGCUUUGCCUUCACAACGUCAACUGGACGUUGUCUGAAGUUAUCGAGUUAUUUCAAAACGCUGGUGCUGAUAUUCAUGAAGUGGAUAGAGACGGCAAUAAUCUUCUCUUUCGCCUUCUCGCCCACCGUAGCGAACUAUUUGAGGGAGACUCGCACAAAGAGUUUACAAUUCUGCUUGACCGAGGACUUUCACCGUCUCAGCGCAACUACCAAGGCGAAACUGCUCUUCAUAAGGCAGUCAAGCUUUACACAGCGACGGAACCGUACGGAGGGUCGAAACAGCUCAAUAUGUCAAGACUCGAUUUCUUGAUCAACUUAAAUCUUGACAUCAACGCUGUCGAUUAUAAGGGAAAUAACUUGCUUCAUACACUUGCUUCGCGUUACGACAUCCACGACUUCUACAGAGGGGGCUAUAAACUGAUUCCGCUGUGGAGAAAGCUCGUUGAUCUCGGCUUGGAUCUAGAUCAAAGAAAUCACGCUGGACGCACGCCGCUGCAUAUUCUAUGCGCAGCCCCUGAAAAUGUUGAACCAGGAGUGCCCGUUGAAAGUGAACUUAUGCCACUGAGUUUUGUCAUGUCACGGGUUAAAAAUCUCAAUGUCCCUGAUAAUAAUGGGAUCACACCUCUGCAUAUAGCUGCUACUCGAAGUGAGGCAUUCUCAAAGCAGCUCAUUGAUGCUGGUGCAAAUCCUCUGGUUUAUACGCAUGAAGGACUAACACCACUCCAUCUCGCCGCACUAUCCAAAGAGAGUAAUAUAGUUGGUCUACUUUUGAGUGCAAUCCAGAGCAAACAAAACAAUACAUCAACUUCGAUACCACUAGGGGGAGUUGAAGGCAUCGCUCUGAACAAGACGGCUACGAAAUCAGACGCAACAGUGGGAGUAAAUGCUCAAAUGCUGGAUGGUGGGAACGUUAUCACGCCUCUGUUCUAUGCAAUCAUGUCAGGAAGGCCAGAAACUGUUAGACUUCUUCUUGACGCCGGAGCUGAUGUUAAAUUGGGCAACAUCUUUGAAGCUUGUCUUGAGUUUGAAGAAGAAAUUGAUAUCCAAAAUAAACACCAAUCAGUCCAAAGCUUUCGAAAAAUGAGCCUUAUGCAUUGUUGGAGGUUUUCUGAACUUUUGCUUGGCGCCGGGUCCAGCUCAUCUCACCGCGAAGCUCUCGACUUACGGUUACACAACACAGCAAGGCUUGAAGAAAUAAUGGAUAUGCUGAUUGACUCUGGAGCUGAUUGUUCUCUCAUAGAGAGUGGGAGUGGAACUUACCAGGGUAGCAUUAUUCAAAGAGCUAUAACACAGAACAAAGACUAUACGGCUGGUUGUUUGAUGCGUGUCCUUAGGAAAGGAUCGCCCAGCUUAGAGGCCGACGAAUACGAUGAUGAUCUCGCGAGACUAUCUGAAACCAUGCACCAAUAUCGAAAACAGGGUUCAGUGCAAGCUUUGAGACUGUUAAAAUCUCAUAUUACCAAGAGUCAAGGUGAAUACGAGACGGUAUCAGCAAAAGUUCUCACUUGGUGUUUGGCGCAGAGGGAGUACCACCUUAUCGACGAAAUAUCUCAGUUAGGGGUUAGCUUCCUCCCAAUCUCCAUGGAAGAUAAACACUUGACCUUAUAUCAUCUCAUACGCCUUGGCUUGGUAUCUGUCUUUGAAAGCUUAGCGUCUCGUGAAAUGGAGCUGGUUUUAAGCAAGGGUGACUGGCAUGCUUUCGGAGACACAACACGACCUGGAUUAUGGCACGCAAAGAGAGACGGCGCAACUUCUCAACUCACACCUUUUAUCCUAGUUGCAGUUCAGCGAGCGUCACCCAAUAUGGACAUUGUGAGGCUACUAGUUGAAAUUUACGCAGUGGAUAUCGCCGAAAACGACUCUUCGGGCGAAUGUGCUCUGUUUCACGUUGCGCGAGGUUAUCACUGGUGGCAUGUCCACCAAGCACUGCCAUAUCUGCUUGAUAUGGGUGCCGAUAUCAGCAUGCGUAAUGAAAAGGGCCAGACUCCAUUACAUAUGGCUCUUCAAGGAGGCCGUAGAGUUCCUAGUCCUUACAAUUGGGACGCAGCCAAGAUGUUGGUUCAAAGAGGAGCGGACGUCAACGCAGUUGAUAACAAAGGCCAGAGUUGUCUCUCGUAUGCACGACACGACGCUGAUAUGAUUAAAUUUCUUAUCGAGCACGGCGCGGUUGUGGUGGUAGAUUCUAUUUUUGCUGCAAUUGACUCUCGCAAUGCGGAAGUGCUUCGCGCACUUCUAUCGGGAGACUUGGAUCCAAAUACACGUCGAGAUAAGUUGCCGCUCGAGACAGAUGAUGGGUCUCAGAAUAAGACUAUAGAGCCUCAUGAAGAAUAUCCGCUCUAUCAUGCCGCCAGCAAGCUGUGGCCGCAUUACAGCCCAUCAGAGAAAAGUUAUCAAGAUGCUACAAAAGCAAUGGAGAUCGUUCAAGUUUUACUAGACCAUGGUGCCGAUCCGUUUGCAAAAUUCUUGAAGGCGGUUAUACCGGUGGAAAGGAAGUCAGAUUUCUCAGCGGCAAUCAACUCUUCCGCACAAGUGCCAGAGGGCUAUGUGGAGUGUACCCUUUUGCAUGAAGUCCUCUUAAAUGGCUAUAUAGCGGAUACAUUCCUCGAGUUCCCAGGCUUGGAUGUUCACCACCGGGAUGCGAAAGGACGCACUCUUCUUCACAUGGUAUGCGAAAGUACCAGAGGCCCAGACCACAUACUCGGGUCACAUGCCAAAGCCGCGAAUCUACUCGAAGAGCACGUUCACUCAUUUCAGAGACUACUGUCUUUGGGUGCAGACUUGACAGCUCAAGACAACUUUGGCCACAAUGUUCUGCAUUACAUGCUCGUUGGAGAAAAGGAGAUCGAGCCCAUCGUACGCGCGAAAUUCUUUGCUUAUACCUUACAAAAUGCACCCAAACUGUUGAACCAAGGAAAUUGUCAUGGUGAAACUCCUUUACACUAUGCCAUGAUCCGCGCCGUCGAAAGACAUGAAGUUGGUGAGGCACAAAUGUUACUGGACGCCGGUGCAGACCCUAUGAUUAUCAGCAAGAGAGGAGACACCAUGCUACAUAAACUAGGUAAAGGUAUUGCCGUUGCAGGCUUACGUACCUUCUUUAAGGCUCUAGCUGAAUGCGGCAUCGACAUAAACGCUCGCAACAAUCGUGGCGAGACAGCAUUAUUUUCGUUUUAUGAUCAUUCUAAGACCCUUGAAGAUUCUUGGAUUCUGGAAGAGGUACAUAGACCUACGGGACAACAUGUCAAACCCUUGCUGGAAAAGUUGGGAGGUGACUUCUUUGUGAGAGAUAAUAAAGGCAGAGGGCUGCUACACGCUGCUGCGAGAGGAGAUGUUGAGCGGUUCCAAGAGCUUUUGGAGAUGGGCCUUGAUCCAAUGAUGGAAGACGAUGCUCAACAAACAGCAAUCGAUGUGGCUGCUGCGUGUGGUAACCGAGAUAUUCUAGAGCUGUUUGAGAAAAAGAAGUAA